ACUAUAGCAGUUGACAUCCGAUGCAUGCAAGUGUGCGUGUGAACGGGCUGCACCAGCCCUUCUCGAGGGACCAGGUCACGAGCUGGGUCCUGCAGCCGUGCCUCUUUGCCGCGUUUGUGGCCAUCACAGUGAGCUGCCUCGACGGCCUCCUCGCGCUAUGGGUGCUACUGCCGUAUGUCGCUGUGAUGGGGCUCUUCUCCGUCUGUUGGUUUCUCUGCGAGAGCCGCAACCCCGCGGCAGCGACCGCCACCCGCAAGUGGUGCGUGCCAGUCCCGGCCAAGCCCAUUCGCUACUGCAGCGCGUGCGCCAAAAACAGCCCCGGGCUCGACCACCACUGCACAUGGCUCAAUACGUGCAUUGGCGAGGCCAACUACGAGCCGUUCUACCUCUUGAUCGUCGCAGGCACCAGCGCCACGGUGUACCAAGCGAUUGUCGGUAUUGUCGUCGCCACCUACUGGCUCGACGACGUUCUCCGGUGGCACCCGUCGGCGGACCGGGACGGCCUUCUCGCGGCGCUUUGGCUGCAUAACCUUGUCUGCCUCGUCUUGGGGGCUGCAUACGGCGCCCUCACGGGCUUCCAUACCUACCUCCUCUAUCUGCGCAUGGGCACGUACGACUUUAUCCUCAAGUACGGCAUGCAGAACCGCUGCAUUCGGCUGCUCAAGUGCCAAUGCCUCUCGCCCACGCGACCACUGAAACCCACUGUACCGUCCAAAACCCCUAAGUCGCCGCCCACGCCUGCUAAAAAAGGGGACAGCGUCACGCCCGACACCGACGAAUGGAAGCAAACACCAUCUCGCAAGCUCGGUCCGGCGGCAAGUGCGACGAUGGCGGCGACCAAAGUGGCGGAAGGACGCCGGUCGACCAAGAUAUCGGUCGAAGAUGAGCUCGACGACAUCCCGCAUGUCCGGCGCAGUGGGUCCACCAAGUCGUUUGAGCAUCUCUCGGUUCAUGAUGUUCAAAUGGCACCGGCACCCGCCUCGGCCACGACCGACGACGACCCAUCCAUGGAGAGUGAUCCCGUGGAGUAAAACCUCCGACGACGAUGCGAGAACGUACGAGUAGUAGAAGCCACCUUCAAGUAGAAGAAACCGAGUCGAAAAAAUUAUCGACAACCUGUCCUUCUGAGAACUGCCAAUGCGAGACGAUUCGCCA